AUGACUCUGCGGAUCUCGUCAUCGCCGUGGCCACCGUACUCGAUUUAUGUCAAGGAUGAAGAAGGACAGGACCGACUGUGGGGGAUCUCGGGUGCACUGCUGGGAAACCUGACCGAGUCCAUGGGCCUCAGAAUUGUUUCCAAGAUACCUAUAGACAAUCAGUGGGGAUACCGGAUGCAGAAUGGAUCAUGGGCCGGGAUGCUUGGAGACCUAUCUAGAAAUGAAAGCGAGAUUGCCGCGGGUCCCUUCGUGCUGACGGCGAGUACGGCCGCCACUUUUCCCAAUAGUUUCUGUUACUUGGUGGAGACCUUCAACUUCCUGUGCGGCAUAGAGCACCCUUUUACAACACAAAUAUUCACCAAGAUUUCAGCAUUUGAUAUUCAAAUGUGGAUCCUGAUGUUCCUGUACAUGCUUCUCCUUGCGUACCUCAGUCUCCACCUGCUGUCAGUAAACGAGACAGACCGGCAUGACCUCGGGCAUCUUGAACGAUUCAAUGCAUGGAAUGACAUGUUCUUCCUCUACUUUUCUGGUCUCAUGCAAAGAGCCGCUACGCACGCAGAUUCCGGCAAGAAGAGCGUGCCGUUUCGCUGCCUGUUUUGGCUGUGGCUGGUGUGCUGCUUCUUCGUGAUGAACUUCUUCACGGCCAACAUGAGUGCAAGCCUGAUGGUCAAGACCGAGGCGCCGCGCAUACGCACCGUUGAAGACGUGCUCCGGACGCCGAACAAACGUGUCUUGCUCUUUGGAGACAGUGGGUUCACUGACCUGCUUAUGGUAUGA